AUGGAUUAUCUCUUCUGGAGGAAAAACAAUAUUGUUGAACCUGAAUUAGACAGUGAUCCUUAUCCUUGGAUAAUUUGGUACAUUUGGAAUGCCCGUAAUGACAAGCUCUUUAGAGGGAUAGACAGAGAUCUAUUGGAGUUAGUUCGUUAUGCAGAGAGUGAAUGUCAAGCAUGGUUUAAUGCAAAUGAGAAGGUGCCGCCAAUUGUACAAGAUCACAGCACUGAGGAACCUCAAAUCUUAAGCUUGAACAUAGAUGGGUCAUGGACACCCACAGCUCAGUUCAGUGGAUGUGGAUGGGUAUGGAUGGACAGCAUUGGAAAUGCUUAA